AUGGAGGCCACCACCUCGCCGACCCAUCUCCUGCAGCAUUGCUCCGGCAGCGAUGAACUGGGACGGUCUAUGAGGGUGUACUCCACUGCGACCGGGAAGGUGCCGUUUGGGUGGGAGGACGAGCCGGGGAAGCCCAAGAGCCCGCCGAGGGAGGGCGCCCUCCCGCCGCUGUGCCCAUCGCCUGCGAUGCAGAGCGCACGACUCACUGAUGAUAAAGACAGGCGGCGACGACGACGGAGUCUCAAGCGCCGGGCGGAUCAAGGUGGGUUUGAAGGGUGCCUCCCUGUGAAGUUCCAGCUGGGGAGAGCCAUGAGGAGGUGGGACAUCGUUUGCUACUUCAGAGGAGAAUGA